AUGUCUCGAAGAAUUGAGUUGUUUAUCAAGGGAUUACCCCCACGAGUGAAGGGUUUGGUUACUGCAGAAAAUCUCAACAACUUGACGCAAAUUGUUCGUUUGACUCACAAGAUCGUUGAUCAAGAAGUGGAGAGUAAUUCACUGCCACCACGUAUUUCUACUACUGCUACUACUGCCACUACCCCCGCCACUGACAGCAAGCGUAAGUGGAACGAUGUGGACAAGGCGUCCAACUCAGUACAAUCUCAGAAAAGGCCAGACAACAACAACAACAACCGCAGUUUCAGUCAGUCGUCUUCAGUCAAUCAAGGCCAAGGCAGUAAUCAGAAUCAGGGUUCUUAUGUUGGGAAGAAGCCACAAUGCAGCAAGUGUGGUUAUCAUCAUUACGGGCAGUGCGUCCGGGCCUGCCGUAGAUGCGAGAAAGUGGGCCAUGAGGCCAAGGACUGUAGAGCCCCACAGCCAAAACAUCAGCAGCAGCAAAAUCAGCAGUAUCAGCGACAACAAAGGCAGCAACCUCAGCAGAAUCAGGGUUUCAAGAAAGGAGUAUUCACGAUCGGGGCUGGGGAUGCUAGGAACGACGGCAAUGUCGUAACUGGUACGUAUUCUGUGAACAAUCUUAUUGCUUCUGUGUUAUUUGAUUCCGGUGCCGAUUGGAGUUAUAUGUCCCUAGAGUUUUGUGAGCGACAAGGGUUAACUGCCACACCUUUAGAAAUUAAGCAAGUAGUGGAAUUAGCUUAUGGUAAAAUGAUAGAGGCUUCGCAUGUCCUUUUUGGGUGUAAACUAGAUCUCGUGGGUCAAGUGUUUGACAUUGAUCUCCUUCCUGUUACCCUCGGUAGUUUCGAUAUAGUGGUUGGUAUGGAUUGGCUAUCUAAACACCAAGCUGAGAUUCUGUGUAAGGAAAAGAUCGUGCGUAUCCCUACACCUGAAGGAGAGCCAUUGAUGGUUCAGGGGCAUCGUAGUGGUGCGAUGGGGUAUCCUUCUAUUUUGGCACUUGUUACGGAUACUCCGUCAGGGGAAAGAAAGAUCGAGGAUCUGCCAGUGGUACGUGAAUUCGCCGAUGUAUUCCCUGAGGAGCUUCCUGGUUUACCCCCUCAUCGCCAAGUAGAAUUUCAGAUCGAACUUGCACCAGGAGUAGCUCCAAUUGCUCGUGCUGCUUACCGUUUAGCACCUGGUGAAUUGCAAGAACUGUCUAACCAGCUGCAAGAGUUGUUAGACAGAGGCUUUAUUUGA